AAAAAAAAAAAAAACACACCACGCACAGAUAACAAUAAUAAUAAUUAUUAUUAAAAAAUGGCUCAGUCAGAAGACGCUGAACCACCGACAAUAGAAGAAAAUGUCGAUAAACCGGCAUCAAAAACAACAAGCCAAGAUAUUAUAAAUGAUGAUGAUGAUGAUGAUAAAAAAACAACAACAAUAUCUGAUAAUAAUGCAAAUGAUAAUAGUCAAAUUAUCAACACAAGCAAUGACUCUAUGAUUGAAGAUGAAACAAUGCCGAGUCUUGUUAGUAUUACUAGUUUUUCAAGUGGUAUUAUUUCAUCAAAACAAGAAAAUCAAAUUGAUCACAAUGAUAAAAAAAAUGUCAAUUGUCAUAAUGAUAAUGAUGAUGAUGACGAUGAUAAUAAUGAUAUUGAAGCAUUCACCAAAUCAACAACAACAACAACAACUGAAGAAAAUGAGUGUGUUGAAAUUGUUUCAUCAGAUUCAGAAGUAGAAAAUCAACAAGAUUCUGAAAAUGAUGAUGAUGAUAACAUGAGUUCUGGUCGACGUAAUUUUAUUGCUCGUGAAGAAGAUGAUGAAUCAGAUAAUGCUGAUAAUGAAAGAUAUUAUUCUGAUGAAAUUGAUUCUACUGAAUCAAUUGGUGAUGAUAAUGAGAGUGACAGAAGUGAUGAUAUGGAUGAUAUGGAUGAUUAUGGAGGAAUUGAUCAUUUUGAUCAAUCAUCAUAUGAUGGAACCGUAGGACAUGAAAAAUUAUUAAAAUCUUAUACACAUGAUGAUAAAGAAAGAGCUAAAUCACUUCAAGAUCUUUUUAGUCCUGAAAAAUUACGAUCAAAUGGUGAAAAAAUAAUAAACUAUCAUAAAAAACAAAAAAUUGAUGAGAAAAAAUAUACACAUGCAGAUGUUGUUGUUGAUGAUGAUGAUGAUGAUGUUGUUGAAGAAGUUGAGGAAGUUGAGGAUUUAGAUAAUAAUGAAGAAGACGAACACGAACAUGAUGAUGAAGAUGAAGAUGAUGAUGAUGAAGAAGAAGAUUAUAAUGAUGAGGAUGAUGACGAUGAUGAUGACGAUAAUGACAAUGAUCAUGAUGCUCUUCAUCAUAAAAAUAGUAUAUAUAAUCGAUUGAUGAAUAAAAAUAAUAUUGAAUUAAUUCCAAUAAAUAAAAAUAAUCAAGAUCGAGAACAACACGUUGAAGUUGCUACUGCUGCUGCUGCUGCUGAUGAUGAUGACGAUGAUAUUAUUAUUGAUGAUCAGCCUUUUAAUAAUGAUUGUAAUAAUAAACCACAUGAAAUACAAACAAUGUCAACAGUUACCAUUGAAACCUCACAAAAUUUUAUAACACAAUCAUCAUCUCACUUGGAUUUUAUGAUGGCAAAUAAAUGCAAUGAUGAAUUUAUAAUAAAUAAUACUGAAAUUCCUAAUGUUGAAGAAAUUGCAAUAGAAGAUAUAGCUAUGGAAACAACAGAUGAUCCUAUGACAACAACAACACAAUUAUUAAAUUCUCAAAUGGAAUUUAAAAUUGAUAAUGUCAUGUCACUUGGUUCACAAUCAAUUGAUAAUAAUGAAACUGUUGUUCAAAAUAAUAAUAAUAAUAAUUUAUCAUUAUAUGAAGCUCAAAUUCAACAAUUAACUCAACAAAAUGAUAAUUUAAAAAAAUGUUUAAAUGACACUAAUAAUGAAUAUAAAUUACAAUUAUCAAAUAUCAACAAUAAAUAUAAAAUCCAAGUUGACGAAAAUAAUAAAUUAAAUGAUCAAAUUAAAGAGCUACAAAAAUUAUUAUCAGAGGCAGAAAAAAAUAUUUCAAAUUUAAAUAAAAAAACAAAAAUGAUUGAUUUUACAAUUCAAACUCAAAUUGAUGAAAAUAUAAAUAAAAUUGAUAAAACAAAAAUAGUGUCAAAUGUCAAUGAAGAUGGUGGUACAAGUAUUAAAUCAGUAACAAGUACAAAUGAACAAUGGACAAACAUUGAUUGUAAUAGUCCAGUUGUAUCAUUAAAAGCUCCAAAUGUUGAUGAUUUAUUAAAUAAUACUGAUGAUAAUAGUUUUAUUAUUGGUGGUAGUAGUGGUGUUGCUGGUAAUGGUCCAACAAUAAAUAAAAAUAAACAAUUAUCAAAUGCAUUUUUUACAAGUUCACGAAUACUUGAAACAUUGGCAAAUAUAACACAAGGGCGUCAUGAUCCAGCUAAAAUACAUCUCAAUAAUAGUAAUAAUAUUAAUAAUUGCAGUAUUGAUAGUGAUACAGCAACAACAACAACAACAACAACACCACAACAUCAAGGUCAGUUGAAUAGUCUCUUGGUAGAUGAUUCUACUAAUGCUCGUAAUAAUAAUUAUUUUAAUAAUAAUAAAUCUACCUCAAGAAAACGUAAAGCUGAAAGUCCACUAACAUUUGAUAAUAGUUAUAGUGAUGAUAAUAACAUAAACAACAAUAUUAACAAUAAUAAUGAUAAUAAUUGUACACCAUCAUUUAAAAUUCCCUCAUUAAUACCGGAUCAUUAUAGAAGAGCAUUCAAUUCAUCUUCUAAUGCAGAUGGUCUUGGUGUUGGUGGUGGUGGCGGUGGUGAUUGUGCUCAUAAUAAAAAUGAUAAUGAAAAAAUAAAUAAAAAUAAUAAUAAUAAUGAAACAGGAUCAUCUGAAGAACUACUCAUUGGUGAUGGUAUCAAGUGUUUUGUUUAUCAAGAUGAUAAUGAUGAUGAAGAACGUAGUUUUUUAAUUCAAGCUGAGGAGCCAUUACAAAUGAAUAAUAAAAAUGGUAUUGUACGUCAAUGUGGUCCAUUUUUAUUAAAAAAUAUUGAAGUAAGAAUGUCAGAGGUCAAUGGUACUAUUAAUAUUUGGGGCAAAGAGAUUAAAACAGCCAAUAAUACUACUACAACUGAUGUUGAUGAAAACUUGAUAAAUUAUGGUUAUGAUCUUGAUCUUGAUCAUGAUGAUUACAGUGGUGAUUAUCAUCAUCAUCAUCAUCAUCAUAACUAUGAUAAUGAUGAUGACGAUGAAGAGGAAGAAGAAGAUGAUGAAGAAGAAGCAUUACUACAACAACAAUAUGAUGGUUGCUCUAUGGAAUUUAAUAAUGAUAGAUUAUGGAAACAGACACCAUCAAAAAAAAUGACAAAUUCAUUUUCAUGUUCAACUAGUAAAAAAAUGAUGAUGCCACCAUUGUCAAGAGCAAGUCCAACACCUGCAAAAAGACGUAGAAUGUCUAGAGAUUCAUUUGAUCAACAACAUCAACAACAACAGCAAAUAAAAUUAAAUCAACAACGUCGUCGUGAACAAAUGACAAAUCGUUUUGGUAGUAUGCCAAAUUUAGAUUGUAAUUCAACAAGUCAAUAUAAUUACAAUAUCCAACAACAACAAAAAUUUAUGAAUAUUCAACGUGCUCAUCAAAAAGCAUAUGGACCAAUUAAUGCUAAUUCACAUAAAAAAUCAAAUAGUUGUUCAAAUUAUGAUAAUGAUGGCGUCAAUGUUUCUACAAAAAAUUAUUUGCCUCAUGGUAAUAAAGUGCAUGGAUCACCUGGUCAUUGUUUACACUCAAAUAAACAUCGUGAAAAUCCAAUUGAAUCAAAUUAUCUUGGUGAUAAUGACCCAUUGAUUUAUUCUGGAAAGUCUUGUUCUAUUGCUUCAGACAUAAAACAACGUCGUGUUCGUGGAAAAAAAGUUUGUGGUAUAUUAAUGGAUUUUAUAAAAGGUUGUGGACCAUGUAAAAAUCCUUCUUUAGCUGGUCAUGAUAAUGAUCAACAACAUUAUAAACAAACUGAGCCAAUGGCUGUACCAAACAUUCGUAUAACUUCUGCAACUGGAUUGUCCAACAAUAAACAUUCCAGAAAUAAUAAUAAUAAUACUGAAACAAGUUCUUCCUCUUUAUCAUCAUCUCAACAACAACAACAGCAACAACAACAACAACAAUCCUCGUGCAACAAUCCACGUACAAAACCCAUAAAUAUUGCUGAAAUAACAAAACAAAUACAAGCAUUUCAAGAUGAUAUGGAAAAAAUGAGAUCAAAAUCAAAUGUUUUUCUUGAUAUCUUUAAAGAUCUGCAAGGCACAGAUGCAAAUUAAUUUUCAAUAUUUUCAAACAAACAAAAUUUUUCUUGAAAUAUUAUUAUUGUCGUUUAAAUUACAUGUUUAAUAUUUUUUCAUUAUAUAUAUAUUUUUUUUUUUUUUUUUCUUAUCAUUAUUAUUUUGUUUUCCAUACAUUUUUAUUAUUACAUACAUACUUACUUUUUGAUAAAGUCAGGAUAAGUGAACUUUGUGAUUCAAGUAAUAUAUAUUAUAUACAUUUAUAAAUAUAUUAUUAAUAAUAAUGAUAAUAAUAAAUGAUGAAUGAUUGUUCUUGAAAAGAAAAAACAACAAUAAUAAUAAUAA